CUUCUUCUCUUCUUUGUUAAUGGCGAGGAGCUGGCUUGUUGACAAUAAAGCAUUAGCAAAGAAAGUAAAAAAUGCUUCUUUCUCUUCUUCCAUUGAAAUCACUGAUUGUGGGGAAAAUCGUGAAUGCCCCAACUGCCAUUACCGUAUUGAUAACAGUGAUGUUUUUCCUCAAUGGCCUGGUCUUCCUGUAGGAGUGAAAUUUGAUCCUUCUGAUGCAGAGCUUUUAGAUCAUUUGGCAGCUAAGUGCGGUUUCAGAGACUCAAAACAACAUCUGCUUAUCGAUGAGUUCAUUCUGACGCUGGAGGAAUGUCAAGGGAUUUGCUACACUCAUCCUGAAAAUCUUCCAGGUGCAAAGAAGGAAGUAAGUAGUAUCCACUUCUUUCAUCGAACGAUUAAUGCAUAUGCAACUGGUCAACGAAAGCGCCGUAAAAUCCACAGUCAAGAUGACACGAACGAGGAGCAUGUUCGUUGGCAUAAGACAGGGAAGACCAAACCUGUUAUAGAAAAUGGAGUUCAUAAGGGGUGGAAGAAGAUCAUGGUUCUCUAUAAAAGUUCGAAGAAAGGGUGCAAACCCGAAAAGUCGAAUUGGGUGAUGCAUCAGUACCAUCUUGGGGAUGAUGAAGACGAGCAUGAUGGGGAAUAUGUGGUUUCAAAGAUCUCCUAUCAAAAGCCGAAACAAACUGAGAAGAAAGAUGACAGCCUGAUCCCGGAUAACUUGAUGAUUCGUGCUAGUCCAAUGACCCCUAAAACAAUUAUUCCUAAUCCACCUAGGCCAUAUAAGUCAGUGCUAUAUGAUGACAUUAACGAAAAUACACACCAGCGAAAUUUUUAUGUUGAAGGAUCUCAUCUACCUAAGGAUUCUGUUCAAUGCAAGGAUAAUUCCGACUAUCCGGCGUGGUGGGCUGAGGAAUCUCAGGCUGUUGAAAAUUCCGAUUUUAAUGGCUUGGAUGAUUUUCUGCUAUGCAAUGAGCUUUUGGAUUCAUCUUCUCUGCAAACAAGUUCAGUUAAGAAUAGUCUCUCUAAUGUUAGCUGCACCGACGGUACAACCGAGACAAAAGGAAAUAAAGAUAUAGAUUCUGGAAUUUCCGAGCUCGAGAACUUGGAGUUCGAUACACCACCUGAUGUACCACUAGCUGAUCUACAAUUUGGCUCUCAGGACAGCUUUCUUUCAUGGCUAGACCGAUUAUGAAGAAUUAGUGCGAUGCAUAAUCUGCAACCCCGACGACAAAGUCCAAGUUUUGAGCUUGUCUAUCAUCUCUGAAGCUGUUUCCAUGUCGAGCACUUCACAGAGCUAGACAGUAUUCGUUUUGC